UUGACGUUUUACAUUUUAUUGUAUGUGUCAUUUCUAAAACAACGAUAGUUGGACAAACACAAAGUAUUCAUCAUGAGUGACAACGUGGUUGAAAAAAUGGAAAAUUUAAAUGUAAAAGACAACAAAAAGGCUAAUAAGCCAAAAAAGGAGAAAAAUGCUGGCGGUUUGGCUCCAAAAGAGGUAAAACCAGAGCCCGAAUAUAUCAAGUCUCGUUUGGUGUUAUGGGAUCAACUAAAAAAGAAGUACGAUGAAGAAGUGGCACUGAAGGCUCGUGUUCCAAUCAACGUUACACUGCCCGAUGGUAAAAUUGUCGAGGGUACAUCUUGGCAAAGCAGUCCAUAUGACAUUGCGAAAACAAUAAGCCAAGGUUUGGCUGACGCAACUGUCAUUGCCAAAGUGAACAAUGUUUUGUGGGACUUGGACCGGCCACUUGAAGGCGAUUGUACAUUGCAAUUGCUGAAGUUUGAUGAUCCAGAAGCUGAAGCAGUAUUUUGGCAUAGUUCUGCGCAUAUUUUGGGCGAAGCCAUGGAACAUAUUUAUUGUGGACAUUUAUGUUAUGGUCCACCAAUUGAAAAUGGUUUCUACUAUGACAUGUAUCACGAAGGCGAGGGUAUUUCUACCACCGACUAUCCCGUCAUGGAAAGCAAAAUAAAGCAAAUUGUGAAGGAAAAACAACCGUUUGAACGAUUGGAAAUGACAAAAGACGAAUUACGCGAAAUGUUUGCCUACAAUCAAUUCAAAUUGAGAAUUAUCAAUGAAAAAAUUGAUACGGACAAAACAACUGUGUAUCGAUGCGGUUCAUUGAUCGAUUUAUGUCGUGGACCUCAUGUUCGACACACCGGAAAAGUUAAGGCGAUUAAAGUUACCAAGAAUUCGAGUACGUACUGGGAGGGAAAAGCCGAUGCUGAAAGUUUGCAACGUGUUUACGGCAUUUCGUUUCCCGAUCCAAAGCAAUUGAAAGAAUGGGAAAAAUUCCAAGAAGAAGCUGCCAAACGUGAUCAUCGUAAAAUUGGACGUGAACAAGAGCUCUUCUUUUUCCACGAACUAUCGCCAGGUUCAUGCUUUUUCUUGCCCCGUGGUGCACAUAUUUACAAUACUUUGGUCAAUUUCAUGAAGAAUGAAUACCGAAAACGUGGAUUCCAAGAAGUUGUCUCGCCCAACAUUUACAACGCAAAACUAUGGGAAAAAUCUGGACACUGGCAACAUUACGCUGAGAAUAUGUUUUCAUUUGAAUCCGAAAAAGAAACAUUCGCAUUGAAACCGAUGAAUUGCCCUGGUCAUUGUCUCAUUUUCGAUAAUCGUAAUCGUUCGUGGCGUGAAUUGCCAAUACGUUUUGCCGACUUUGGUGUGCUGCAUCGAAACGAAUUGUCAGGUGCUCUAACCGGUUUGACUCGGGUUCGUCGUUUCCAACAAGAUGACGCCCACAUCUUCUGUACACCUGAACAAAUCAAAACCGAAAUCGAUAGUUGCUUGGAUUUCUUAUCGCAUGUGUACUCGAAGUUUGGCUUUACAUUCAGUUUGGUGUUGUCAACACGGCCAGAAAAAUACCUGGGUGAACUGGAAGUUUGGAAUGCGGCUGAAAAGGCUUUGGAAGAAUCAUUAAAUAAAUUCGGUCAACCAUGGAAAUUAAAUCCGGGCGAUGGUGCUUUCUAUGGACCAAAAAUUGAUAUUACCGUAUCGGAUGCAUUGCGUCGAUCGCAUCAAUGCGCCACAAUCCAAUUAGAUUUCCAAUUGCCGAUUCGAUUCAAUUUGAAUUACACCACGGAAACCGAUGGGAGACGCCAUCCAGUUAUUAUUCAUCGAGCUAUUUUGGGCUCGGUUGAAAGAUUCAUUGCAAUUAUUACGGAGAAUUUUGCCGGACGUUUCCCAUUCUGGAUUUCUCCAACUCAAGUCAUGGUUGUGCCAGUGGGUCCAUCACUCAACGACUAUGCCAAAUCGGUUGCACAACAAUUAUAUGAGCUUGGUUACAUGGCCGAAGCUGAUUUGGACGAUGGAAAUACAAUGAACAAGAAGAUUCGAAACGCUCAAUUGGGACACUACAAUUUCAUUUUGGUUGUUGGAGAAAAGGAGAAGAAUAGCAAAACGGUUAAUGUGCGCACUCGUGAUAAUAAGGUCCAUGGAGAGUUCACGAUUGCCGAUCUAAUCGUGAAGCUACAACGAUUCCGUGACGAAUUUAUAGUUGGUGAAGAGAAUUUCUAAAAAGGCAUAUGUUAACCCGUACGCCUUAAUCAUCAAUUUACAAUAUAUUGCAUUCUAUCAACUCGCCGAUUUCUUUAAACAAAAUUAAUUUAUAUAUUACAGUACAGCAUUUAAAUGUAAACUCAAACGUAUCACGUUUACAGUAAAUAAAUGUUAAGCAAUGUUUUGCAAUUCAAGCAGAUAAACAGCAAAAACCCAAAUGAGUAAUCAAUAAAAAAGCGAUGAAUCAGCCAAAUACAUGCAAUAACACACAGCAA